GGGAGGGGGCGGUGGCAGCGAUGGGCGCCGGGACGGAGCCACGUGGGGCGGCCCCGGAGGGGGCCGUCUAUCUGGACCACAACGCCACCACCCCGCUGGCCCCCGAGGUGGCGCGGGCCGUGCAGGACGCGCUGCGCCAGGCCUGGGGCAACGCCAGCAGCCUCCACCCGGCAGGCAGGAAAGCCAAGGAGCUGGUCGGCGGCGCCCGGGAGAGCCUGGCGAGGAUGGUGGGAGGGCGGCCCGAGGACAUCAUCUUCACCUCGGGGGGCACGGAGGCCAACAACAUGGUGAUUCACACCGCCUGCCGGCACUUCCGCGAGGGCCGGGCCGGGCUGGGGGGCAGCCGGGGGACCCCGCACAUCGUGACAUCCAGCGUGGAGCACGACUCCGUCCGGCGGCCGCUGGAGCAGCUGGUGAAGGAGCGCCGGGCGGAAGCCACCUUCGUGCCAGUGUCCCCAGGAAGUGGGCAGGCUGAGGUGGAUGAUGUCCUCGCUGCCAUCCAACCCACCACCUGCCUGGUUUCCAUCAUGUUGGCCAACAACGAGACCGGGGUCAUCAUGCCUGUGGCUGAGCUGAGCCAGCACCUCCGCGCUGUGAACCAGCGGCGCGCGGGGCAGGGGCUGCCCCGGGUCCUGCUGCACACGGACGCCGCGCAGAUGGUCGGCAAGGGGCGCGUGGACGUGCAGGAGCUGGGGGUGGACUACCUGACCAUCGUGGGACACAAGUUCUACGGCCCGCGGAUCGGGGCGCUGUACGUGCGCGGCCCUGGCACCUCCACCCCCCUGCACCCCAUGCUCUUCGGGGGGGGACAGGAGAGGGGCUUCCGACCAGGCACUGAGAACACCGCGAUGAUCGCCGGCCUUGGCCAGGCUGCAGAGUUGGUGAGCAAGAACUGGGAGGCCUACGAGGCUCACAUGCGGGACGUUCGGGAUUACCUGGAGGCCAGGCUGGAGGCCUCCUUUGGGAAGCAGAGAAUCCGCCUCAACAGCCACUUUACAGGCUCCAAGCGACUCUGCAACACCUCUAAUUUCUCCAUCUUGGGGCCGGGCCUCCAAGGGCGGAGGGUGCUGGCUGCCUGCAAGACCCUUCAGGCCAGCGUCGGGGCUGCCUGCCACGCCGAGGAGGGGGAUCGGCCCUCCUCAAUUCUGCUCAGCUGUGGGAUCCCCUACGAGGUGGCACAGAAUGCCCUGCGGCUGAGCGUGGGGCGAGACACCACCCGUGCAGACGUGGACAGGGCUGUGCAGGACCUCGUGCAGGCUGUGGCACAGCUGGACCAGGACCAAGCCCCCUAGACCCCUGGCAUCGCUGCCCAGCCAUCACCCAGGUUCUUGGGGUGGGAUCACUGGUGCAGGAGGCAGCGGGGAGCUGUGCUGAGGAGGGAGCUGUGCUGAGGAGGGGGCUUCGCUGUUUUGGGGCUGGGGCAGCUCAUCAAGAGCUUGCUCAGGCUUCUGUCAUCCCCACUGCAUGGUGCAGGUGCUGCUGGGUGCUCCUCAAUUGCUAGCACGUGCCCAGCUGCCUGCCUAUUGGCUUGACAGCAUCUCAAAGCUUGACUCCUUCCAGACCGUGACAAGCAUGGAAGCUGUAGCAGAUGGAGCCUCCUGCCCUGCUUGCUUUCUACAAGGGAAGCUUUUCUGCUCUCUUAUCCCUCAAAGGAAGAAAGACCAUCUGCCCCAGAGGGACACGAGGAGCUGACAGAGGCACAGCAAGAUGCUGGGCUGGGAAGUGCCCUGCCAUGGCCGGGUCCCCCAGCUGCCAAAGGGGUUUUGGCUGGGCAGGUGUUGGGCACAGCUUUCCCUGACAUGCUCCCCUUCCCCCCGCAGGCAGAGCUCCUGUGGCUCCAUGUGCUCCUGAGGGAAACAAGAGUUGUCGGGGUAGCCCUAACUGUGUGGCAGCACCCAAGGAGCUGUGUCUGCCCUGUGUGGCCCAAGUGGUGGCUGUCAUCACUGACACCAGAGGACACCAGUGUCACACGGAUCAGGAACGUUGCUGGCAGGGCUGACGGGUGUCAGGGAUCUGGGUUUCCUUGGGUAUUCAUAGAAAUAAAAGCUAUUGCUGCUGCUGUGA